CUUCCUGCCAUGGUUCCCAACUUUGCUCAAAGUCGCCAGACUCUUAGCCAAGUGGAGGGACCUCCGCCCGCCAGCCCGCCGGCCGGACAGGAGACUGAGUGGGGACUCAGCCAAGGACCCACACGAGCAGGGAUGGAGUGGGCCGCAGGGGAACGAGGGAGGGACCCUCGGGGACAGCCUGGGCCCUGGGAGCUUCGCGUGGGCCUGCUGCUGAGUGUGCUGGCCACCUCCCUGGCCCAGGCCCCUGCCCCGGAUGUGCCAGGCUGUGCCCAGGGAAGCUGCUACCCUGCCACGGGGGACCUGCUGGUGGGCCGGGCUGACCGACUGACCGCCUCAUCCACCUGUGGACUGCACGAGCCCCAGCCCUACUGCAUCGUCAGUCACCUGCAGGAUGAGAAGAAGUGCUUCCUGUGCGACUCCCGGCACCCCUUCUCUGCCAGAAACCCGAGCAGCCAUCGCAUCCAGAAUGUAGUGACCAGCUUUGCCCCACAGCGCCGGGCAGCCUGGUGGCAGUCAGAGAAUGGUGUCCCUGUGGUCACCAUCCAGCUGGACUUGGAGGCUGAGUUCCAUUUCACGCACCUCAUUAUGACCUUCAAGACGUUUCGCCCUGCCGCCAUGCUGGUGGAGCGCUCCGCAGACUUUGGACGCACCUGGCGUGUGUACCGGUAUUUCUCCUAUGACUGUGGGGCUGACUUCCCAGGAGUCCCACUGGCCCCCCCACGGCACUGGGAUGACGUCGUCUGUGAGUCGCGCUACUCAGAGAUCGAGCCAUCCACUGAAGGCGAGGUCAUCUACCGUGUGCUGGACCCUGCCAUCCCUAUCCCAGACCCUUACAGCCCACGGAUCCAGAACCUGCUGAAGAUCACCAACCUGAGGGUGAACUUGACGCGGCUGCACACGCUGGGAGACAACCUGCUGGACCCGCGGCAGGAGAUCCGGGAGAAGUACUACUAUGCCCUCUACGAGCUGGUUGUGCGCGGCAACUGCUUCUGCUACGGACACGCCUCACAGUGCGCACCCGCCCCAGGGGCACCAGCCCACGCGGAGGGCAUGGUUCACGGGGCCUGCGUGUGCAAGCACAAUACUCGCGGCCUCAACUGUGAGAAGUGUCGGGAUUUCUACCACGACCUGCCCUGGCACCCGGCCGAGGACGGGCACAGUCACGCCUGCAAGAAGUGUGAAUGCCACGGGCACGCCCAGAGCUGCCACUUUGACAUGGCCCUGUAUCUGGCUUCUGGCAACGUGAGCGGAGGUGUGUGUGACGGGUGUCAGCACAACACAGCUGGGCGCCACUGUGAGCUCUGCCGGCCCUUCUUCUACCGAGACCCAACCAAGGACCCGCGGGACCCAGCCGUGUGCCGCCCCUGUGAUUGUGACCCCACGGGUUCCCAAGACGGUGGUCGCUGUGAUCCGCACGACGACCCUUCCCUAGGGCUGGUCUCGGGCCAGUGCCGCUGCAAAGAGCACGUGGUGGGCUCUCGCUGCCAGCAGUGCCGUGAUGGCUACUUUGGGCUCAGUGCCAGCGACCCUGUGGGCUGCCAGCGGUGUCAGUGCGAUGCACGGGGCACAGUGCCUGGGGGCACCCCUUGUGACCCCAAGAGUGGAACCUGUUUUUGCAAGCGUCUAGUGGCGGGACAUGGCUGCAACCGCUGCCUGCCUGGCCACUGGGGCCUGAGCCACGACCUGCUUGGCUGCCGCCCGUGUGACUGCGACGUGGGUGGUGCCUUGGACCCCCAAUGCAACGAAGCCACGGGUGAGUGCCACUGCCGCCAGCACAUGGUGGGCCGACGCUGUGAUCAGGUCCAGCCUGGCUACUUCCGGCCCUUCCUUGACCACCUAACGUUGGAAGCCGAGAACACCCGAGGCCAAAUGCUCGACGUGGUGGAGCGCCUGGCAAGCCCCGGGGGAGCUCCGUCCUGGACAGGCCCGGGCUUCGUUAGGCUGCGGGAAGGCCAGGCACUGGAAUUCCUGGUGACCUCUGUUCCAAGAGCCAUGGACUAUGACCUGCUGCUGCGCUUGGAGCCCCAGGUCCCUGAGCAAUGGGCGGAGAUGGAACUGACCGUGCAGCGCCCAGGGCCUGUGUCUGCCCGCGGCCCCUGCGGGCACGUGUUGCCCAAGGACGACCGCAUCUCAGGGACUCUGCAACCCGACACCAGGCAUAUGGUGCUUCCCAGACCUGUCUGCCUGGAGCCUGGAGUCUCCUACAAGCUGCACCUGAAGCUGUCGAGGACAGGGGGAAGUGUCCAGCCCGAGGGCCCCUACUCCGGACCCAGCCUGCUCAUCGACUCGCUGGUGCUGCUGCCUCGUGUGCUCAUGCUGGAGAUGUUCAGCGGGGGCGACGCUGCUGCCCUGGAGCGCCGGGCCACUUUUGAACGCUACCGCUGCCACGAGGAGGGUCUGAUGCCCAGCAAGGCCUCGCCCUCUGAUGCCUGCGCCCCGCUCCUCAUCAGCCUGUCGGCGCUGCUCUAUGACGGUGCCCUGUCCUGCCAGUGCGACCCCCAGGGCUCGCUGAGCUCCGAGUGCAACCCUCAUGGCGGUCAGUGCCUGUGCAAACCUGCCGUGGUGGGGCGCCGCUGUGACCUCUGUGCCCCCGGCUACUAUGGCUUUGGCCCCGCAGGCUGUCAAGCCUGCCAGUGCAGCCCUGAGGGCUCGCUCAGCAGCCUGUGUGAAGGGACCAGUGGGCAGUGCCCCUGCCGACCUGGUGCCUUCGGACUUCGCUGCGACCGCUGCCAGCGUGGGCAGUGGGGAUUCCCUAACUGCCGGCCAUGUGUCUGCAACGGGCACGCGGACGAAUGCGACACCCACACCGGCGCUUGCCUGGGCUGCCGGGACCACACCGGGGGUGAGCACUGCGAGAGGUGCAUCGCAGGCUUCCACGGGGACCCUCGGCUGCCGCACGGGAACCAGUGCCGGCCCUGCCCCUGCCCCGAAGGCCCUGGGAGCCAGCGGCACUUUGCCACUUCUUGCCAUCGGGAUGGGUACUCGCAGCAGAUCAUGUGCCACUGCAGGGCAGGCUACACGGGGUUGCGGUGUGACGCUUGUGCUCCCGGGCACUUUGGGGACCCGUCAAGGCCAGGCGGCCAGUGCCAACCGUGCGAGUGCAGUGGGAACAUUGACCCCACGGACCCCGAUGCCUGUGAUCCCCACACGGGGCAAUGCCUGCGCUGCUUACACCACACAGAGGGGCCACGCUGUGCCCACUGCAAGCCUGGCUUCCACGGGCAGGCUGCGCGACAGAGCUGUCACCGCUGCACCUGUAACCUGCUGGGCACGGAUCCCCGGCAUUGCCCGUCCGCUGACCGGUGCAACUGUGACCCAGGCAGCGGGCAGUGUCCAUGCCUCCCCAAUGUCCAGGGCCUUAGCUGUGACCGCUGUGCCCCCAACUCCUGGAAUCUCACCAGUGGCCGUGGCUGCCAGCCCUGUGCCUGCCACCCAAGUCGAGCCAGAGGCCCCACCUGCAAUGAGUUCACAGGGCAGUGCCACUGUCACACGGGCUUUGGUGGGCGAACCUGUUCUGAGUGCCAGGAGCUCCACUGGGGAGACCCGGGGCUGCAGUGCCGUGCCUGUGACUGUGACCCUCGUGGGAUAGACACGCCUCAGUGUCAUCGUGCCACGGGUCACUGCAGCUGCCGCCCAGGCGUAUCUGGCGUGCGCUGUGACCAGUGCGCCCGGGGCUUCUCGGGUGUCUUUCCUGCCUGCCACCCCUGCCAUGCGUGUUUCGGGGACUGGGACCGAGUGGUGCAGGACUUGGCUGCCCGUACCCGGCGCCUGGAGCAGAGGGUGCAGGAGCUGCAGCAGACGGGUGUGCUGGGUGCCUUUGAAAGCACCUUCUGGCGCAUACAGGAGAAGCUGGGCACUGUGCGGGGGAUUGUGCAUGCCCGCAACACUUCAGCUGCCUCCACUGCGCAGCUUGUGGAAGCUACAGAGGAGCUGCGGCGGCAAAUUGGGGAGGCCACGGAGCAUCUGACCCGGCUGGAGGCAGAGCUGACAGAUGUGCAGGAUGAGAACUACAACGCCAACCACGCACUAAGCGGUCUGGAGCGAGACGGGCUUGCGCUUAACCUCACACUGCGGCAGCUGGACCAGCAUCUGGAUCUGCUGAAGCAUUCGAACUUCCUGGGUGCCUACGACAGCAUCCGCCACGCCCACAGCCUGUCUGCGGAGGCAGAACGCCGUGCCAAUAUGUCAGCCCUGGCGGUGCCCAGCCCUGUGAGCAACUCAGCAGACACCCGGCGCCGGACAGAGCUGCUGAUGGGUGCCCGGAGGGAGGACUUUAACCGCAAGCACAUGGCCAACCAGCGGGCGCUGGGAGAUCUCUCUGCCCGUACCCACAACCUGAGCCUGACGAGCAUAAAUGAACUGGUGUGUGGGGCUCCGGGGGAUGCACCCUGUGCCACGAGCCCUUGCGGGGGUGCCGGCUGCCGGGACGAGGAUGGGCAGCCCCGCUGCGGGGGCCUCGGCUGCAGCGGGGCAGUAGCCAUGGCGGACCUGGCACUGGGUCGGGCCCGGCACACACAGACGGAACUGCAGCGGGCACUGGCAGAAGGUGGUGGCAUCCUCGGCCAGGUGGCAGAGACCCGUCGGCAGGCAGGCGAGGCCCAGCAGCGGGCCCAAGCGGCCCUGGACAAGGCCAACGCUUCCAGGGGACAGGUGGAGCAGGCCAACCAGGAACUGCGGGAACUUAUCCAGAGCGUGAAGGACUUCCUGAGCCAGGAGGGGGCUGAUCCUGAUAGCAUUGAGAUGGUGGCCACACGGGUGCUAGAGCUCUCCAUCCCAGCAUCACCCGAGCAGAUCCAGCAUCUGGCUGGCGAGAUCGCAGAGCGGGUCCGGAGCCUGGCAGACGUGGACGCGAUCCUAGCACGCACUGUGGGAGAUGUGCAUCGGGCGGAACAGCUACUGCAGGACGCACAGCGGGCACGGAGCCGGGCUGAAGGUGAGAAACAGAAGGCAGAGACAGUACAGGCGGCUCUGGAGGAGGCCCAGCGGGCACAGGGUGCUGCUCAGGGUGCUAUCCGGGGCGCAGUAGUUGACACACGAGACACAGAGCAGACCCUACACCAGGUGCAGGAGAAGAUGACAGGUGCAGAGCAGGCACUGAGCUCAGCAGGUGAGCGGGCUCAGCAACUAGAUGGUCUCCUGGAGGCUCUGAAAUUGAAACGAGCAGGGAAUAGUCUGGCAGCCUCUAGUGCUGAAGAAACGGCAAACAGGGCCCAGGGGCGUGCCAGAGAAGCUGAGCAGCUGCUUCAGGGCCAACUGGGCGACCAAUACCAGACAGUGAAGGCCCUGGCUGAGCGCAAGGCCCAGGGUGUGCUGGCUGCGCAGGCUCGGGCAGAGCAACUGCGAGAUGAGGCCCGGGACUUGUUGCAGGCCGCUCAGGACAAGCUGCAGCGGCUGCAAGAGCUGGAGGGCACCUACGAGGAGAACGAGCGCGCGCUGGAGGGCAAAGCAGCCCAGCUGGAUGGGCUGGAGGCCAAGAUGCGCAGCGUACUUCAAGACAUCAACUUGCAGGUCCAGAUCUACAACACCUGCCAGUGACCCUUGCCCAAGCCUGCCCCAGCCCUCAGUCCCGGCCCUCAUGAGUUCCUCUCCACGCAGGGAACAGUCCCCAACCUGCAAGUCCCCAAAUAAACCGGUGUGAAUCCCUA